UAGUUGAAAAGACAACUGACUACCCUUCGGCCGAGUACUCCCUGGUGGAGGAUGUAGCCCUCCACUUCACGUGUUUGAUGGACAGACUGAAUGAGCAGCGCCUCUUUCAGCCGGACCUGUGCGACGUGGACAUCGUGCUGGUGCAGCAGAAGAGCAUCUUCCCAGCGCACAAGGGCGUCCUCGCCGCCUACAGCCAGUUCUUCCACUCCCUCUUCACCCAGAACAAGCAGCUGCAGCGCGUGGAGCUGUCGCUGGAGGCCCUGACCUCGCAAGGCCUCCAGCAGAUCCUCAACUUCAUCUACACCUCCAAGCUGCUGGUCAACUCCUGCAAUGUGCAGGACGUGCUGAACGCGGCCGCCGUGCUGCAGAUGAACAACAUCGCCUCCUCCUGCCAGGACCUCCUCGACACGCGGUCGCUGAGCCUGGCCAUGGCCAGCGACAUGGCCCUGCCCGCCGAGGGCUGCGCCAGUGCCGUCCCGCCACCCUACUACUGCGAGAUCAAGCAGGAGGUGGACGCCCCGCACCCCAAGAUCUACGCCCGGGAAGGCAAUGACCCCUUCUCGGUGCGUGUGGAGGACGGCGCUGGUGGUGGGACCCUCCCUGCUGUGCCGGCCAAGCAGUACUACAAGGAGGAGAAGGACGGCGGUGCGGCCGCCGUCUGUAAGAUGGAGGGCGAGGAGUCCGAGGAGGACCUGGAGAGCCAGGGCUCGUACAACCGGGAGCAGAUCAUUGUGGAGGUGAACCUCAACAACCAGACCCUCAAUGUCUCCAAAGGGAUGGAGGGGAAGGCAGCUGCCAGCGAGGCUGCUGCCACCGCCGCCGCAGUCAUGGGGCGGCCUGAUGGUGAUGGCCGUGACACUGAGGAGGACGGGGAAGAGGAGAACGAGGAAGGGGAUGAGGAUGAGGAAGAAGAGGAGGAUGCGGAGGUGGGGGAAGAGGAGGAGGAAGAGCACAGUGAGGAGGAAGAUCUAGAGGAGACAACGGAAGAAGAAGAGGAAGAUGAUGAUGAUGAAGAUGCAUCAGAGAUGAAAAGGGAAAAGAGUGGGCAGGUCCGCAGAACUAGCCGCGCAUCCAAAGCCGCCAAAUCUGCCAUGGCCACGAGGUCCCAGGAGAUGGCCAAGGCGGAAGAAGAAGAAGAGGAAGAAGAGGAGGGCCAGCGAGGGAGGAAGAGAAAGAAGGAGCAGGAUGGGUUGGGCCAGAAGGUGAAGCUGGAGGAGAAGCAGCACUACCCAUGCAAGAAGUGUCCCCGGGUCUUCAACAACCGCUGGUACCUGGAGAAGCACAUGAACGUGACGCACAGCCGCAUGCAGAUCUGCGACAAAUGCGGGAAGCGCUUCCUGCUCGAGAGCGAGCUGCUCCUGCACCACCAGACCGACUGCGAGAAGAACAUCCAGUGUGUGACGUGCGGGAAGGGGUUCAAGAAGCUCUGGUCGCUCCACGAGCACAACAAAAUUGUCCACGGCUACGCGGAGAAGAAGUUCUCCUGCGAGAUCUGCGAGAAGAAGUUCUACACGAUGGCCCACGUGCGGAAACACAUGGUUGCUCAUACCAAGGACAUGCCGUUCACAUGCGAGACAUGCGGGAAGUCCUUCAAGCGCAGCAUGUCCCUGAAGGUCCAUUCGCUCCAGCACUCCGGGGAAAAGCCCUUUAAAUGUGAGAACUGCAACGAGCGCUUCCAGUACAAGUACCAGCUGCGCUCCCACAUGAGCAUCCACAUCGGCCACAAGCAGUUCAUGUGCCAGUGGUGCGGCAAGGACUUCAACAUGAAGCAGUACUUCGACGAGCACAUGAAGACGCACACGGGCGAGAAGCCCUACAUCUGUGAGAUCUGCGGCAAGAGCUUCACGAGCCGCCCCAACAUGAAGCGCCACCGGCGGACGCACACGGGCGAGAAGCCCUACCCGUGCGACGUGUGCGGCCAGCGCUUCCGCUUCUCCAACAUGCUCAAGGCCCACAAGGAGAAGUGCUUCCGCGUCAGCACGCCCUUGGCCUCGGACACGGCGGGCGCCGCCGCCAACAGCAGCCUGGCCGCCCCGCAGCCGCCCGCCGCCUCGCCGCCCGCCCUGCCCCUGCUCCAUCCCCUGCCACAGAGCCUCCCUCCUCCUCCUCACCUACCGCCGCCGCCUCCGCUCUUCCCUGCCGCCGCCGGCAGGGUCAACGCCAACAACAACUAGGGCCAGGCCGCCCUCCGGAUAGCGCCUUUGCCGCGGAGCCCUCUCUGCCCCUCUUCCUCCUGGUUUUGGGGUUGUGUUGGGGUUGGCUCUUUAUUGAGUUUUAUCUUGUUUUGUAUUUUUUUUGCCUCUCCUUGAGGAGUGGGGAGGAAGGGGCCGUGCGGCGUCUGUCAAUAAGGGUGUAGAUAAAAGGCGUUGCUCAGCCCCAGCUUUCACCCUGCAUGAGGUCCUUGCUGGGCAAGCAGGUUGGGAGACGUCCAGCCAAAGGUUCUGGCUCGCUGUCCUUGCGACCUAGGUGGACAUCCCAACCACCGCCACCCAUCUCCCCAUGGAUCGUCUCCAUCUCCACGGCCCACAGAGACAGGAGGUGUUGUCCGAGACCAGCUCCAGCCUGGAUCUGGCUUGGAGGAGAGCAUCAAGGGGAGGACCCCAGCCCUGGAGCGGAUGGAGAGAUUGGUGGCAGCACAUGCCCGCUCACUAGUCUGCUGCCUGCAAGCUCUUCAGUAUUUAUAAGGAACAGAAAUCUAGUUAGUGGUGCUCGAAUUGCCGUACUGUAAAGCUGGUCUUUCAAUUAGGCUCUUUAGGAGGGUUAUGGUCCACAGAGGAAUUAUUUGUUUAUGGUGCCAAGCCAGCACAGGAGGAGUUGGUUCCACUUGUGGUCCCUCAUGGUGGGGAAGUUCCUGAGGACAGGCGUGCAGGUAGGCUGCUCUCCUUAGCAUAUCACAUCUUCCUUCCCUGUGUAAGGUGUUUCUCCCCACCAUAGAUUUGGUAGACGACAGCACAAGCCAUCGUUAGGCCAAAUUAGCAAACUGCAUCCGGGCAUGUUGGCAUCCUGCCAUCAUUUAAUUCCUGGUAUGCCCAGAGGAGAUCAGGCUCCAGUGUCAGCUUUCUGCUUAUCCCAAUUAGAUCUGGUGUUUUUAGGGACGCUCAGGUGUUUGCAGCACUGCCCUGGUGGAGCUCAGUUGGGUUUUGAGACUGAAAGGCAGGUGGGUAGGUUGCUCUGCAGGAACCUCAGAUGAAGCAGCGGGAUGUUGCGCAAGGCUGAGGUUUCUCGAGAGAAUCAGUCCAGAAUAGUGCCUUAACAAAUUGAGUAAGUGUCUGUCCAACGAGCCUUCUCCAGGUGUUUGCUGGGAGUUGUCACUCGUGAACUUUCUAAGAUGGAUCUCAUUGCAAGGAUUAGAGCUCAAGCAUCCUGUCCCUAAAUGUUUUGCCGUGUCAGAACAGUCUAUGCAGCUCUCCCAAGCUUUGCAUUUCCACCAGGGUUGUGACAUUGGCAGACAGUGCUCUCCUUGCCUGUGGUUUGGCUGAUACAGGAUGUUUCUGGUGCAGCGAGGACCUUUGGGAGACCAGAGGAACCUGGAUUGCCCAAGCCUUGUUGGAGAGUGCUGGGGUUGAUUCAGUCAAGCCCCACAGCAUUGACUAGCAUCUCUGUGGCCACAUUGUUCUUGGACACUCCUCUUCCUAUGUGCUGAAUGAUGGUGAGGCUGAGCUGGUCUUUGACUUCACUAAUUCAGACUUGCCCUGUGCAGGCCAGGUAAGAGCAGAGAAGCUGUGGUCUCAAGUGGCUGUCACCUGGCUGGGGAGGAAAGUCCAGGAAGGCUUUGCUGAUUUUAUUUUGUUUUGUUUUGUGUUUUUUGCUGCUGUUGGAUGCUGUGAUAUACGUUGGCUCUCCUGCUGCUAUGAUUUUCCCUAGGUACAGCACUAGUCUAGCCCCAACUGUGUAGUGUCACUACAGUUGCCUUCAUGAGCACCCAAGGACAGGUUGCCUUUGGAGCUGGGCGUUUGGGACCACUGCGGGAGCUGCAGAGCAUCUUGGAGGAGAGAGCUGAAGACCAAGACAUUUGAGAUGUGUCAUUUGUGAUUGCUGUGUGAGAUGCUUUUCAGCCAAUUCAGCAAAGCACUUGGGCACCAUUUAAUUGCAGAGCCGGGAGGAUUUAGCCACAUCUCAAGUGUUUUGCUGAAGGAGGAUGUACAGGAGUGUGUGAGUGAAUGGGAAGGGACUGCUGGCUGUUCCUGUGAGUGAUGUUUGAAGUGACAAGUUAGGUGACUGGUGUCCUGUUGAGUGCACCAAAUUCCAUCUCUCAUGCUUAGCCCUCUCUGCAAGGCUGACUGCUCUUGAGUUGUUAAUGUUUUAUAGGAACAAUUUGUUUUUCAUCCUUACGAGUCCAUCGUGUUGGCUGGGGUUCUCUGGAGCCCCAGUGUUGCAGUCAGUCUCUGGAUGAGUGAGUUCACGCUCACAUCCAUUUUGUGCAAAGGGAGAAGGCUGUGACUGAGUUGCUUGGAGGUAUCUUAUCUUCUCAGAUGGGUCCCAAAUGCUCCUUUGCUGCCCCUUUUCCAUGCAUGCGCUGGGAUUUAUCAGGAUGGUGCAAUGCCUUUUGAAAUGCACUCCACUCCUGUGAGGGACUUGGACAUUCAGCUGCAAGGGCUGUUGGCAUCCUGGAGGGUGAAGAACCCAGCCUGGGAGACAGUCACUUUGGAGGAGCUUUCUUCAGAGCUGUUGGAGGGUUUCAGUAGAGUAGUCCAACUCAUCUCUGCUGCCUCCCAGAUCCCAUCCAGUGGGGCUCCCUACCAUUUCUUUUCCCUCACCCUCUUUGCAUUUGAGACCAGAUAGGAACCAUGCACUAUGAGAAAGGUUAAACUUGCCUGUACAGUCUUCAUUUUGCGAGACUGUCAGCUUGCCCAGCUGGUAAACUUGGCCUUCUCCUUUACCUGCACAUGCUGGUGCGAGUAUAUCCCCACACCAACAAUUACCCCAUAAUUACUGCUUAUCUAAAGCCUUUCCCCUGUCCUCAGUCCUUCCUGUCUCUGCAAGGGCUGGUCCCACUUGGACAUCACCGUGAGAUGAGAGAUCCUCCUUGAGGCUAACGGCAUCGUGGUCGCUUUGGAGAGGAGCAGUGGGAGGGAGCACUUGCUGGUACUCAUCCCGCAGCAGCUUGCACCGAAAGCCCAGUGACUGAUUUGAGCCACGUCUAAACAUCUUUGAGACCCUGCCCGGAGAGCUGCUUGGAGACGUUGAGAUGUGACCAUGCACACAGCACUUUGGAGAACCAGAUCCCUGCUGCUCCCUCCCCUACUCCAAGGCCUGGGCAGCUCCUACGUGGCCUCUGAACCCUUUUGUCUACACCCUUAUUCAGUCCCUGUGUGUCCUCUGAUGUCUACUUUUUGUUAAUGUAUUAAGACCUGAAAACAGUCACUCUAGCAGUGUCUUGGCCCAGAAUCAGACCCCACUGGCACCUGUUGCAUUAGGGUGGGAGGCAGGGGGAGUUGGGUCCUGUUGUUUUCAAGCUCUUUAUAUUUUAUUUUUUAACUCUUGCACCUUAAUCUCUCACAUCCCUUCUUCAACAGACCAUGAGGGUGGAGAGGGGCUUUAAUUUCCAUUAUGCAGUCGACAAAUACCCUGCAAAGCAACGUUCAGCUGACAGCUGUGCCCACACGCUACCCCCGACCCUUUAUUAUAUUUUUCUUCUUCUUUCCCCUCUUUGGUUGAACUCUGGGGAGGGAGGGAGUCGCGCGUGGGGGUGGUUUUUUGUUUUAUAUAUCCCAGGAGCCUGGUAGCACAGACCAGUUUGCCUCAGUGUCCAUGAGGCACGGCUGGCCCCUUCGGACCACAGCCAUAACCUGAGCGCGUCGGGAAAGGAGAGGGAUGGACGUCGAGUGGAACCGGCUGUGACAGUGCAAUAGAGAUUAGCAUCCGCUGCUAGACAACUCCACUGGUUUGACUCUCGGUUUUGCCAGAAGUCGGGAGGGAAGGACGGACGGGCGGACGCCCUCGGUUCACACGGACAGAGGCAGCUUCCCCCGCACAGCCCUGCCUGGUGGCACGUGGACACGGUGGAGUUGGGCAGAACUUAAAUAGGAAGAGAAUUUUAACAAGGAAGCAAAUAGGAGCAACCUCAAUAGCAUGGAACUUGAAGGAAAAAAAAAAAAAAAGAAACCCCAAGCACUUGCCUCAAAACUAGUUUCUCAUGCCUGGUAUUUGGCUCUGUAUUAUUUUCCGGCGUUCAGUAUCGGUUGCCCAGACAUGCCAAGUUAAGAGUGUAUCGGUGGCUCUACUAGUGUGAACAAAAUGAAGCACUUUAUUCUGUAUAGAUAAGGGAAGGCGGGGAGGGAGGGGAAGCUUGGAUGCUUUUCGGAAGCAUCUUAAGUAAUGUUCUAGGAAAUGUAUUAUUAUUAUUAUUACUUUUUUUUUUUAUGACCAUGUGUAAUCAAUAUAUGUUUAUCUUCAAGUACAGCAGUUACUCUCUUUGGGAUGGUGUGAUGAAGGGGAGGGUGCGACGGCCGGGUUAGUCCAUCGGAGGGGAGCCCCUGGGGAAAGGCCCUGCCUACCACAGGAGCAAGUCUAGUUAGCUAGUUAGUCAUCCAGGAGGUCCCAAGAGCUGCAUCAAGGCUGCCUUCAAGGGCACAGCUCACAGAUGGUCUCAGUACCAGGGCUGGGAUGGCCAGUGCCCUGCACUUCUCCAUCCCCAGCCAGCUUCUGCUUGAUGGUGCUGAGGCUGCUCUGAGAUAAGCCACGAUGGGCUGUUUUCAUGUGUCCCUGUGCCCACGGCCAUGCUCUGAAACCUGCUUUUGGCCUCUUGCCAAGCACAUUGGG